GAGCAGGAUACAAGUUCUUACUUUGACACACAUUUCUGAGACACGGACACACAAGACACCAAUAUCAAGAUGCCACCCAAACGCAGAGCAGCCUCAGGAUCCACAGGACGUGCAACACGACAAAAAGCUGAAGUCAAAGAGGUUGAGAAACCCCAGACAACCAGAUCGGGCAGAGGACGUAGCACAAACAAAGCUCCAGAAACACCAACCAAAGCUGCUAAAGGAAGAAAGGAGAGCAAGAGUCCUGCUCCAGCUAGGGGGCGUGCUAAGAAAGCUGAAUCUCCAGUGAGUACCCGCCCAACAAGAGGAAGAUCGGCAGCAAAAUCUGCAGGUGAUGAAGUAGAAACUUCCAAGCCACUAGGACGCAGCUCAAAGAGAGGCCAGGAACAAGAUGUUGGAGCAGUUGAGGAGACCACAGCAGCUACUACCCCCAAAGGGAGACGUGGACGUACCCCUACUACCCCAAAGGCAACUAAGAGCACCCCAAAGGCAACCAAGAGUACCCCCAAAGCAACCAAGAGUACCCCCAAGGCGACAAAAAGCACCCCUAAGGCAAAAAAAAACACCCCUAAGGCUGCUGAGAAGGUCACCCCCAAGACGACUCCCAGGAGGGGGAGAAGAGGAAAAGUGGAGGAAGAGGUGCCCACUGAAUCAGAACCUCUGGAUGAUACCGAAGCUGCAAAACCUGUUGAGGAUGAAGCAAAGGAGGAGCCAAUGGAACAGGAAGAGCCAGUGGUAGUUGCAUCACCAGCCAAAGGACGUAGAAGUAGAGGACGGAAAUCAGAUGUUCAAGAACCAGAAAAGUCUGAACCUGCUAAAGAGGUGACAUCACCUAGGGCAAGAGGUAGGGGUAAGAAGGCUGCCACCCCUCAAGCUACAUCCCCCAGUCCUAGGUCAAAGAGAGGUCGUGGGGCCAAGGCUCAACCUACAGAGACACCUGCCGAUACUGUUGAAAGCACAGAGAAAGAAAUCCUUACACCUAAAGAAGACAAAGAGGAAGAUACUCCAACUGAACUUAAAACAACUGUAGAUGAUGAGGCACCAGUAGAAGAAGUUGCAACUGAUAACCUGAAGAGGAAGAGAGAUGAUGAAGAAGAGAACGCCCCUAAGGAAGAAGAAGCAAGUUCUAAAAGGAUCAGAGAAGAAGAUACUGCAGAAGAAAAAAGUAAAGAAGAGGUUCCCAUGGAAACAACAGCUCCAGAACUUGACACUCCAACAGAAGAACUUCCUGUUGAAGCACCUGUUAUAGAAAUUGUAACCCCUGUUUUAGGAAAAGGUGACACUCCAAAAUCAGAUGUCAUUCAAAAAAUUGACACUCCAGAACCAGCGAUUGUUCAAGAAAGUGACACCCCAGAACCAGAUGUAGUUGAAAAAAGUGACACACCAGAACCAGAGGUAGUUGAAAAAAUUGACACUCCAGAACCAGAGGUAGUUGAAAAAAGUGACACCCCAGAACCAGUUAUAAUUGAACAAAGUGACACUCCAGAACCAGUUAUAAUUGAAAAAAGUGACACCCCUGAAGUUGAGCCAGAAGUGAUCGCUGAAGUGUCUCCAAUUGAAGCUGAACCAGAGGUACCACUUAUGGAAGUCAUUGACUCUCCAACUCCUGAAAAGGAGACGCAUGAUUCAAAUGAUGUUGUAGAGGUACAGGAAGUGCCAGGAGAUGAAAUAAAAGAAGUAUCUGUGUCCCCUGUGGAAGUUAUAGACGAUCCAGUUACUGAGAAAGAAACUGAUGAUGUCAUCGAAGAAGUCGGUGAAAAGAAAAUUGAUAAUGUUGAUGAUGCAGUUGAGUGUAUUGAAGAUGAGGAAGAUGUAGUUGAAGAUAAUGCAUCGGGGAAAGAGACUCCAGAAAUAGUGUCUGUGGUUAGUGUAAAUGUUCCUCCGGUUAUAGAGGAUGUAUCCGAAGCCUCAUCAGAUGUCCCUGUUAUUGAACAUGAGGUCCCCGCACCUGUUGGGGAAGUCAUUGGGGAAGACAUUCCAGAUAGUACUGAGAAAAAGGAUGAUGAAGUUGAUGAGCUAAAAGAAUACGUAGUUGUCGAUCUCAAAGAUGUGCCUGAUGCCCAAAGUGCUGAAAUAACUGAAGCAUUACCCCAACAGGUGGCGCAACCAUCUGAAAACCAAAUCGAGCCUGCUGAAACUCAACCUGAACCAGUUGUCAUGGAAACAACUCAAGAACCGACCAGUCAGCAUAGUGACACUAACGUUAAUGGUGUAAAUCAUACAAAUAAUAUAAACGAUCCUUUACUGAGUCGCAAAUUUAUCCCAAACCCGCAUUUAACAUCAGACAUAGACACUAGCCAAAGAUUUACUGUGGUCUCGUACAAUAUACUUGCGGAUUACCAUAUAAGGAGUAACCCUGAGGGACAUAGCUAUCUCCCUGAAGAGUACCUCUGUCAGGAAUACCGUCAUGCGAGAAUGAUGGUGGAACUUCAAUAUUUAGACGCUGAUGUUAUCUGCCUACAGGAAGUUGGAAAGACUUACUUUUCACAGCUCGAGGAAGAAUUGAGACGGCAUGGGUAUUUGGGGGUAUUCAAGUGCCGCACAGCUGAUACACAUCCAGAGGGUGAAGCAACAUUUUAUAGAAAUAGCAGGUUUACAUUGAUUGAAUGUACUACAUCAGUUAUUAGAGAAUUGGCUUAUAAGGAUCUUGAAACUAGUGGUCUGCCAAUGCAUGAACAAGUUGCUGUGCGUAAGUUCCUUAACCACCCAGAUGUUCUCGUAGUGACCAAGUUACGCUGCAAUACAACUGGCAAGGUGGUUACAGUGGGAAAUGUACAUGUAGGAUACACUCAGUUCAAGCUACGCAAUCUUCAGUGCAUACAGAUUUCCCAAAGCAUUAAGAAGGUAGUUGAGGUUGCAGGAGGCGCCGACAACCCUCAUAUCAUAUGUGGAGACUUCAAUAGCCAACCUGACACCCCUGGAUACCAACUAGCCUGUGACGGAUACCUCAAUGAUACAACAAUGAACGCCCUUCAAGCUCUGAGGCAUGUUGAAAUGCCUGAUGGAUCACAAGCUGCAUUGAUCAACCUGUGGUGGAAAGGAUUUAUGCAUACCUCCCCCAAUCUGAAGAGUGCCUAUGCUUUAGCUCAGGGCAGCGAACCUGAAGUUACAUCCAUUACGAGUCAAGCCCGCACGCUGGAUUACAUCUUCUUAAGCCCUACAGCACUGAACCUCGUGGGAGUCACCCAAGUGCCCUCACCCGCAGUUCUUGUGGUGAGCCUUACGCAAAACACUAUCUACCAAGGUGACAUUAACUAAAUUGGCACCUACUAAGGUGACAUCUAUUGUGACAUAUCUAUAAGGUGACAUCUAUUGAUAGGAACAAAAGGCAGCAUUAUGUACAUAAAUCGUUGCCUCAUAGGUUGUAUAAUAAAUAAUGUUCUUGAUAGAACACUUGCUGCGAGACCAAGAAAAAGGAAACCUGCACCUAUAAUU